AUGUCAUCACACCAGGCGCUCCAGGGGCGCCUGUGGUGUGGCAUCUUUACCGGAGCUACCACACCACGGCGGAAGAGGAGGAAGGUUACUCCCGUUACCCUGCAUCUGCCAACCGCUGUGCAGACACCAUUGCAACCCCUGCGAUUUGAUUUCCCACCUUCUGUCCAGCGCCACUUGCCCCAAGCAAUUGCAGACAUGGUUAGCAAGAGUUCCGGCGAUGAAGAUGGGCAGCGCCAGCAGCGAGGGCUUUCACCCGUGGACAGGGGUCUGCAGCGUCCGCUGAACCUCCCUGCUCCCAUCCCUUUCCGUUUUCCCAGCACACCGGGUGGAUCCCUGGUGUAUGAGCCCCAACCACCACCACCACCAAUUCAACGACCCCGCCCGCAGACACAUGCCAGCACCAAGGUUUUGCUUCACCAAAUCAUCCAUAAUCAAAAUCAAGUUCAAAGGGAGCGCUUGACAACAUUCAUCGGCAAUGUUCACAUCCUUGCGCGCCGCACCACCUUCUUUCUCAAGUUCUACCUUGACAUCACCGACAAGCACAUAAGUGUGAUAUUUGAGCUGCUAAACAAUCCAGGCUACAAUGGCAAUCCAGUCAUCGCGCAAGAGCUGCGUCCACGGGUUCAAGGCUACUGUGAUGUUCACGGAUUCGCCCCCAUCCGCAUGCAAAACUGCCAACAGACUGCAGCGUACACAGCUAAGAGCAUCCUCACAAACCUCAAAGUUAACGUACAGGAGCAUUUCAUGCAAAUGUUUCUGCGCUAUGUCAAUGAAAGGCUUGGUUUGAAGCAAGUCGUACUGCAUCUCCGUAGAGCCGGAGUCAACCGAGCGCAGCGGCGACACUAUUAUCAGCGUGUCCGUCAGUUUACAAAGUAUGCGACGUUUGAAGAGUUUCCAACCGAAGAGGAGUUUGCGCGCCUCACACGACUUGAGCGGACUGUCCUCGACGAGCUAUGGGCUCUGUUUCCUCCCCAGGAUGAGCCACUUGCGUACAGCCUUGCGGUGGACGCAACGCCAUAUUCAGGUGCGUAUUGUGAGCUGUCACGUCUCUAUGAGCGCCGUGGAAUGCGGCUGUUUUCGGCUAUCCUGCUGCACAAAUCUCGAAUCCAGUCAUCUGUUUGGAUCGACACGCUGAUCCUAGGCACCCAUAUCCUGGGCUUGGGCCGAAGUUGCAUGGGGAAAUUCACCGAUGAACGCAAGCGGGAGCUGUGGGGGCAGUUUCUCAAUAUCAAUGACAAGGUCUUCAAGCAUAGAAAGAAGCUUAGUCUCAAAUUUGAUGGGUCAAUCAGCACAAACGGGUACUCCGUUUCCAUCCACUUUAAGAAGCCAGGGCUCAAGUAUGGGCAUCGGGCCCGGAAGCGCAGCAAGGCCCAAAUGCAGGAAGAAGUCAAGCAGCUGUAUUUUGAGCACCACAUCGCCGAACUACGGGAGGCUCCAAACAUCGUCUGCAUUGAUCCAGGCAAGCGUGACCUCUUGUUCUGUCGAGACAUCAAGAAGGAGCGGCCAUUUCGGUACGUCUCAGUUGAUUACUACUGCCCUGCUGUCCCCGCUGUUGCUGCUAUCCCCGCUGUCGCCGCUAUCCCCGCUCUCCCCGCUGUCGCCACUGUCGCCGCUGUCGCCGCCUCCGCCAUCCCUGCCAUCCCCAUCAACGCCCUCCUCAACCCUGUCCCCAUCCCCGUCCCCACCAUCCCCCCCGUCACCAUCCCCCCAGUCACCAUCCCCUCCGUCACCUUCCCCACCAUCCCCGUUGCAGCGACAUUCCACUGCAGCGUUCUCACAAUGCAUCACCCCAUAUCAGAUACACAUCCAAUCAACGGGCGGUCGAGACAAAGUCUCGGCAUUUUUAACGAGACAUGA